GCGCCGCGCCGCCGCCGGCUGCGAUGUAGCCGGAGCCGCCCGGCGCGGCCCGGGGACGGCGCUGCAGGUCGGCCGGGGCGCGGGGCGGGGGACGGGGGACGCGGGGUCCCCUCCGCCGUGUCCCCUGUGCCCCCGCCGUGCUCCGUAUUCCCGGCAGUGCGGGCUCGGCUGGCAGCGGGGGAGGCCGAGCCCCGCCGUGAGACCGGAGCGGCCCAGCACCGGCGCCGCUGUGGGACCUGCGCCUGCACGGGGGGACAGCGGGCUCUGACCAUGGAGCCGGGCACCAUCGACAACCUGUCCAUCCUGUACCAGAGCUCUGACUUCAUCGUGGUCAACAAGCACUGGGACAUCCGCAUCGACAGCAAGAUGUGGUACGAGACGCUGACGCUGCAGAGCCAGCUCAAGUACCGCUUCCCCGAGCUGGCCGACCCCGACACCUACUACGGCUUCAGGUUCUGCCACCAACUCGACUUCUCCACCAGCGGGGCCCUGUGCGUCGCGCUCAACAAAGCGGCAGCGGGAAGCGCCUACAAGUGUUUUAAAGACCGGCUGGUGACCAAAGCCUAUCUGGCCCUGGUCCGGGGCCACGUCAGCCAGAGCCGAAUGACGAUCCGCUACGCCAUCGGGAAGAACACCACCGAGGGCAUGACCCACAUGAUGUGCAUCGACGGGACGGAGGGCUGUGAAAACCCCAAGCCUUGCCAGUCGGAGCUGAUCGUGCUGGAGCACGGGUCCUACAGCGGAGACCCCGUGACCAAAGUGCUGCUGCAGCCGCUGACAGGGCGGACCCAUCAGCUGCGGGUUCACUGCAGCGCCAUCGGCCACCCCAUCGUGGGGGACUUCACCUACAGCCACAAGAAGGACAGCAGUCCCUACAGGAUGAUGCUCCACGCCUACUACCUGCGCAUCCCCACCGGCAAGGAGCUCAUCGAGGUCUGUGCGCCCGACCCUUUUGUCACCGCGAUGGACAGCAACUGGGUGCCCCACCACGUCACCCACCGGCUGGAUGAGACCAUCCAGGAGCUGAAGGACAAGAUGAUGCAGAAGGGGGAAGAGGAGGAGAGCCAAGAAGCCGUGCUUGGUGGCAGAGAAGAGGAAGCACCGAGCGAAGCCAAGAGCCCAGAGACAGAGGAGCAGCGAGCCCGGUGUGAGCAGUGGUUGGCCGAGUGGGCUUUGGAGUGAGCACAAACCACGUCUCUGCAUUUCCAGCCCAACGCUCCAUUUUUGUCUCAGUGGGUCCCUGCAGAGCCCAGCGCUGACUCCACAUCUGCACUUUCUGUAUGCCAUGGCUUCCCUCACUUCUGGGGCUGAGAUUAGGCAGAUUUUAGCAGCGAUUAGGAUGGGUUUAUUUUUUAAUGUACACAUCAUCCAUCUGGCCAGCAGAUGCCCCUUUCCUAAUUCUGGGCCUCAGCAGCAGAGUCAAUGUGUCACGUACCAGCUUAGAGUGACCCCAAAGCUUUCCGUCGCUGUCCCGGGGCUCAGGCGCAGCCGGGGUGGGUGGCACGGACACUGCCUUUGCCAUGAGCACGAUGGACAUAUCUGUGAACCCUCAGCGCUGGGAUGCCAAAAUGCAGUCCAGCAGAGGGAGGGGAGAACAUGCCGUGUGCAGCUUCGAUGUCCAUGUCCCCUGUUCCCAUUCCCUCCGCUCCAUCCCGCUGCACUCAAUGCACACACGUCGUGUGGGAGGUGGGAGAUCAGGGGGCUGAAGUGCAGCCUGGGGGCACCGGCAGCCCCUAGUCCUGGGGGGGUCCUGCACAGUGGCUGCAGGAGGGGUCCCUGCCCACACACUCACCUUCCUCCCUCAGCCCGCAUGUAGGCUUUUUUAAAGGUUUGUUGAUGGUGAGUGAGUUGACACGAAUGGAUUUUAAACUUUUUUCAAAUUUCUAUGAGAAGAAUCUCAUCUUUUAGCAGUUCUGAAAUACGGGUGGCCUCUAAAACGAGUGUAUUUUUAGUACUUCUGUGGUCGGAUAGCCAGCAGCCCAAAGCUUUUGUAAUAGAUCUUAAUACUCCUUCUACUUGCAUUGCCUUUUUUUAGCAUCCACUUUUACCCUGAGCGUGGAUGUCACCCCUGCUGAGGCGGGUCAGAAGACACAAGUCCCCUUCUGCUUUACCCAAACAAGGGGGUCUAAGCGUCAUGUUUUGGUCCCGGUGCGUGGCUCCUCACUGGCAGGUUGCUGCAGGGGUGUCAGCACUGGAGGGUGCCGGGGGCAGGUCCUUCGGGUGGGCAGUUUGGGAGGGCCUCGGGGCAGCAAGGGCAGCCGAGGCAAUGCUUGAAGCUGAAAGAAAGGCUGAGGACUGAUGCGAGGAGUGGGGAGCAGCUCAGCUCUCGUGCUGGCGCUUUGCAAGAUGCGAAGAAGAGUUUCUCUGGAAAUGCCCUUGCUUUGCUGGUUGGCAUUGUGCCGCUUCGCUCUCUCCUUCCCACUCUGCUUGUCUGCUGCAGCCCUUAGAGGACAUUUGGAAAAGGAAGGGAGCAGGGAGCUGUGCGGGCUGGGGUGGGACCGGGGUGCUGGAGCUCACUGCAUACACAGCAGCUCCCUGGGGGAUUUGGCACCGAGCCACCACAUCAGCACGUGCCCAGCGUUACUGUCAUCCCACAAGCCCCGUCCCAUUUAAAACGCACCUGUGAGUGGUUUCACACAACUAAUACUCCUACCCUGAGAGAGAGUAAAACAGCACAGCCUUCUCGUGGGUGAAUGCGCUGUGAGGGUCAUUGACACCCCGUGGGGUAUUGCACCUCCUGUCCCUUGUGUCCCCGGGUGCUGGUGGGUGCAAGCUCACCGUGCUGCGGCAUGCGGCCGGGCACCGGGUAGCCGUCACCUCCCCUUAGCUGUCAUGGCUUGGUGCUACAUGCUGCCAAGCAUGUGGUACACGGCUCUGCAGGCACCAGCUGGGCACUGAGCGGGGAUCGCAGGCUCACGAGCUGCUGGCAGAGGGUUCAGGGAGGGUUGGAGGAGCAGGAGCUCCGACUCCUUCCUCCCCAGUCCCAUCCCAUCUCCCAGGAGUGGCCAGGGAGGGGAGAGGCAGCCGUAGGCAGGUCCCAAAGCUGUAAAUUAAUACCGUGAACCUGUUUACCAAAGAAUAAAUAUGGGUGACGUGCACGGGAGGUCCUGAAAUAUUAUGGGUGAGUUUUGCAGUCCCUCCCUUCCCGUGGGCCCUGCUGUGAGAACGGUCCCCACAGUGUGACAGGGGACAUGUCCAGGACGAGGCUGCCCGUGGGGCUGGCGGUCACUGGGGUGGUUCAUGGGGACACACCAGUGCCCACACAGGGGGAUGCUGAUGGACCAUCAUCACUGGGGGCUGGCACCCAGUGCUCGCCCUGCCAUCUGCAUUGAGGAGCCCCUGCACCACCCAUCAGCUUUCGCACGUUGCACUUGUGCCCAGAGUUGCAGAAACCAGAGAUAAAUGUGUAUUUUCCUUACCCUGCAGAGGUGUUUUCCAGUUGCCCUUCCCCGGGUCCCCUCCUGUGCCGCGUUCAGUCCUGCUCCCUCCUCUGCCGUCCCUGCCACAGGGCCUUUUGCUGCAUCAUCCGUGAAUCCACUCAAGCGUUUGGACGGGGGGGUUGUGAUGGGGUGUGUGUCUGUGACGUUCUGUACAGCUUGCAAAAACCCUUAUUUCUUGCUGCUCGUUACCGUAGUAAACCAUUACCUGUGAUCCUGCA